UUAGGUAGGACGAUGUCUGAUUCGAAACGGCUAUUAAACCACCGUUAUUACACAUUAAACCUGAAGAGACGAACGAAGAACUUUUUAGUUUUUAAUGCCAAAACCUUGAAGGUAAAAUUAAUUUAAAACGAAACGCCCAAAAUGGCUAUCGGAAUUGAUACGUCAAAGUGGAAGCCAAGAAAAAUAUCAGGAACUCCUGCAGGAAAAUUUGGUAGUGCAAUUGCUAUCGGUAGCUUAUUAAUAGGAGCAGGAUGUGGCUUUUAUUUUCAUAAUGCGAGCAUAACACAGAAUCUUCGUCGAGCUGCAGAAAAAUUAUAUGAGGAUCCCAUAGAAGAGGUGGAAAGGAGAUUAUUGAUAGCCAGCGGCCUACCAAAUAGAACUGGUGAUCAGAUACGUGCCCUAAUAGAUGGAUAUGAGCGCCCCGAUAGGCCGGAUAAAUAGAGAAUGUGUGAUAGUAGUAAUAAUAGGUAAUGUGCUUAUAAAAAAACAAGUCUCUAUUCAAUGAUAUGAAUAUUUACAGUAAAAUGUGAAUUAUUUUAUUUAUAACAGAACAGUGAAUGCUGCGAAUGAUUAGAUAAUUUAGUUCAAGCCAUCUCUAAGAAGAGAAUGAUAGUAAAUGAUUGUUCAGGAAUUAAUCUACCAAUUUUGUAAAAUAUUAGAAAGUCAUAAAUAAAAUUUAUCUGUAUUAAGAAUCAUUAAAUGAAUUAAAUCAAUUAAAAAAAUUAACAAAAUAUUGUUAACAUUUUGUUCUCAGAGAUUUCUGUCACACCGUGUAUUCAUUGUUUGAGAAUAUCAGAAUCAUUAAAAUACAGUAUGUACAUAUGAUAAUAAACUAUUAAACUACACAAAUUGUUUUAUUUGUUGCCAGCACUAAAGACAAGAAUGUGAUAAGUAAAUAUUUCACGAGAGCAGCAGAUGAGAGUCUUGAAGAUUUUAAAGAAACUAAGAGAAUCAUUACCUGCCCUAAAAUUAUAAAGCCUGCCAGGAAACAGAGAAAUAAUGGAAAAAGAAUCUGCAAGCAGAAAGACAUAAGGACUUCUUUAAAAAGAAAGAAUAAUGAGUUAAUUGAGUUUAGUAAAGAAUUUAAUAAUGUUUGCGAGAAGACAGGUAUUGAUGUAGAUUCAGAACAGUUGCAGUUGGCAGUAGCUUUAUCAAAGUCUCUUCAAGCUGAAUCUUCAGAUGUAAAUCCACAGAAUUUUCGAAAUUCCCAAGAAAGAACUAAAAAAAUACAUGCAACAUUACAGGAAUAUGGUUUUGUUGUACCAGAAAUUAAAAUAACAACAUCAAAAAAAAUCAGGAAAAAUAGAAAACAGUAUAAACUGAUUUCUCUUUCAGAUAUAGAGAAACAACAAAACAUAUCUGAGAAAUAUUCUUGUGUAUUAUUAGAAGAUAUUGACCGUAUAGAUCACAAAAUAGAAUCUAAUAUUAGUAAUAGUCAUUUAUAUAAUCUAGCAACUAAUGUUUCAUAUGAACAUAUAAAGGAUAAUGGUAUAUUUUAUGUAGAAAACUUAUUAGAAAAAUCUACAAGUGCAUUUAAUUUAUUAAGAGACUGGACUGAAAUACCAGGGAGGCCAGUUAGCCCCAGAAUUGCCAAUAAUUUUAUCAGCUUUAGUGAUAUAGAUUGCAGUCAGAGUGAAUUAGACGAUUUAUUAAGUGGUACAUUCAAAAGACGAACUGAAAUCAUGGUUUUUAAAACAAACAAUGCUCCAAAAUAUUCAGGAGAUGAAGAGAAAAGGAGUAACAAUAAACCAGAAGAUAAUAUUGUUAUAGAAAGUGUAACUCGACACAGAUGUUAUUCGCCAGACAUAUUUGAUGAUGAAUCUUUGUUAAUGGAUAAUAGUCGACAUGCUCAACUUAUAUCACAAGAGAAACAUAUUAGUAUGGAUUUAACAGAAUGCUUGAAUCAUGUAUCUCAAAUUACAUCGAAAAGCGCAAUCAUGGAAAAUAAAAAUAUAACUAGAAGGAGGUCCGAUGAUUUUAUGGACAUGACUGAAUGUGUGUCAAGUUCAAAAACUGUUGUAAGUAAAAUUGAUUUAACUGUUGACCAUAUUAAUAUCAUAUUAGAAGAAAACCACACAGAAGAUGAUUUAGAAAAGCCUAGUAUGCCAAGAAAUAGUAAAAAUAAUCUGGAUAUUGAUGUUAUAGAUGUUGAUGAAUAUACUAGAACUCUGUCCAAUAAAAGGUUUGAAACAAAAGAAGUAUUAGAUCUCACACAAGACAAAGUAAUUUCUGCUAAAAGAGAAAGUUUAUUUGAUGAUUUUAUUCAUGAUCAUGACAGCAAAGAAAAUGUGACUAUUGAAGUGCCUUUUCAAUAUUCAGAAGCAAGUAACAAUAUUGAAAGUCGAAAUUUAGAUAAUGGUAAUGAAGAAAUCGAUCUAACUCAGAGCCCUGAAUUGCUAAAUGAUACUGAUGAUAUAGAUUUAAAAAAAGCAAAAAACAAUACUGAACAUGAAAAUUAUUCAAAAAAUCAUACUUUAAAUGAUUCUAUAGAAAACGAAAAUGCAGAGGUAUUUAAAGAAAUUGUAAAAGAUUGUGAAGAAGAAAUCGAUUUAACACAAUCCUCAAAUUCACCCAAUGGCUCUGACAGGGAAUCUCCAAAUCUAUGUUUGAGUGCACUUGGUAAAAUGGACAAUAUUUCUAUAGAUUAUGAUGAAAUUCAAAGUGGAAAACAUACAGUUUAUUCAUCAAAUGAAAAUUCCUCAAAAAUAGACCCUAUUGAAAUUCAGGAUGUUGAACUUAGUCAAAAGUCUGAAAUAUUUGAAAUACAUGACAAUGAAUUGGAUUAUUCAUUGAAUAAAUCUAGAUUUGAGAAUUCUGAUAAAGCCAAACUAACAUAUCUAGAUAAAAAAGUUCAAAAUCAAGAAUCAUUUGAAAGUGAAACAGCCGAUAAGCAGAAAGAUGAUGUGGAAUUUAAUGAUAAUGAAUAUACUUCUGCAAUUAAUUUACAAAAUGAAGUAUUGAGUUCAAAUAGCGUAACUCCUUCAAGAGAAAAAAAUAUUUUUAGAACAGAAACACCAAAAAAUAAUGAUUUCAUAAUAAAAUUGGACGAAGUAACUCCGAUGCAAGAUUAUGCAUCAAUGACCAGUCCAGAGAGAAACAGGGAAUUAAAUAAGUACGGAUUAAAACCCUUGAAGAGGAAAAGAGCCGUACAACUCUUGACCCAUCUCUACAACCAAACUCAUCCUUUGGUCGAAGAGAUGCCAGUUGACGUAAUAGCAUCACCAUCGAAAAAACGCAAGAGAAAUAGCCCGAAAGCAAUAAGAAGUGCCAAGAAGGAUUCUCCCAUCAAGCACAAUGUGAAUAUAGAGGAUUGCUAUGAAGUUACGAAUGAAACGCCCGUGAUAAGAGAAGUGGAAUGUCACUCCGACGAUUGGAUGUUUCAAAAAAAGGAAAGAGCAAAGGUGCACUCAUGCAGACUCCCUCUGCACAUAGCAUUCCACAACUACGUGUCGUGUCGUAACGGACUUCGGGAGGCGAUUCUGAAAUACGACCCGGUCAAUAUAGAUGUUAUUCACAAAGAAUUAGCCGGCUACGGUCACAGAUAUGAUCCCAAGGAUCUUCUCAAGUUUCUGGAUAAGAGAUGUAUAACAGUGAAGACGAGUGAUAACGCCAAGAGUUCAAGACACUAAUGUCAAGUAACAUGAAGAAGAAUGACGAAAUGCAAUUUGUUCAUCAUGUGAAUGUAAAUAUAGAGUAUUUUAACUAAA